AUGUGGGCUUUUCUGAGUGGAAAAUUAUUUAGUGUUCUUUCAGCACCAGUGAUUGUAGCUGUCGUGUGCUGCGCACAAAGCGUGAAUGAACCAGGGAACAUGUCGUUUGUGAAAGAGACGGUGGACAAACUACUAAAGGGAUAUGAUAUUCGUCUUCGACCAGACUUUGGAGGGGCCCCUGUUGCAGUUGGCAUGAGUAUAGAUGUGGCGAGCAUAGACAUGGUAUCGGAAGUCAACAUGGACUACACUUUAACCAUGUACUUCCAGCAGUACUGGAGGGACAAGAGGCUGGCGUACUUAGGGAUCCCGCUGAACCUCACCCUGGAUAACCGGGUAGCAGAUUCACUCUGGGUCCCUGACACCUACUUCCUGAAUGACAAGAAGUCCUUCGUCCACGGUGUGACGGUCAAGAACCGCAUGAUCCGCCUCCACCCGGAUGGAACAGUGCUCUACGGCCUGAGGAUCACAACGACGGCAGCCUGUAUGAUGGACCUGAGGAGGUACCCUCUGGACGAGCAGAACUGCACUCUGGAGAUCGAGAGCUAUGGAUACACGACAGAUGACAUUGAGUUCUACUGGAAGGGAGGAGACAAUGCGGUGACGGGGGUGACACGCAUUGAGCUGCCACAGUUCUCCAUAGUGGACUACAAGCUGGUGUCCAGAAACGUUGUCUUUUCCACAGGUGCCUACCCACGACUGUCUUUGAGCUUCAAGCUAAAGAGGAACAUUGGCUACUUUAUCCUGCAGACCUACAUGCCCUCCAUCCUGAUCACCAUCUUGUCCUGGGUCUCCUUCUGGAUCAAUUACGAUGCCUCGGCUGCAAGAGUGGCAUUAGGGAUCACCACUGUGCUCACCAUGACCACCAUCAACACCCAUCUGAGAGAGACGCUCCCCAAGAUCCCCUACGUCAAGGCCAUCGACAUGUACCUGAUGGGCUGCUUCGUCAUGGUCUUCCUGGCCCUGCUGGAGUACGCCUUCGUCAACUACAUCUUCUUCGGCCGUGGACCACAGAUGCAGAAGAAGCUGGCAGAGAAAGCCGAGAGGGCCAACAACGAGAGGGCGGCCAAAUAUGACACCAAUCAGGCGGAGUCCCACGGUAAUAUCCUGCUGACCACCCUGGAGAUCCACAACGAGGUGGCAGGAAAUGAGGUCACCACCAGCCUGGCGGACAGCAGGAACUCCUCCGUCAUGGGAUUUGACAACACCAGCACAGGUACCGGCGUCCAGUGCAGGAAGGCGAGCCGGGCCUCGGGUCCUCGCCACAGCCUCGACAGGAACGCCCAGCUCAAGAGGCACAAACUGCGGCGGCGCUCGUCGCAGCUCAAAAUCAAAAUCCCUGACCUGACGGACGUAAACGCCAUCGACAGGUGGUCGCGGAUUAUCUUCCCCUCCGUUUUCUCCCUCUUUAAUUUAAUCUACUGGAUGUAUUAUGUCAACUGA